AUGAUUAUGGAUGCUAAAAGCAUUAGAAAUUACACGAGGCUGAACCCAUCUCAUCUGAUCCAUCUUCUGCGAGGACUGGUGAACAUUCUCCUACAGUGCAGUCUGACAGUACAGGGAUCACUCUACAUCAUUUGUGUUCCUGUGCUGUUUAUUAAGGAAGUGUACUUUCCAAUUACCAUAAUUACACUUACAAUGACUUACUGCAGCUUUUGGCUGACUGCCUGGCUCUGUGCCUACUACUGUACCACCAUAACCAACUUCAGAUAUGGGCUCUGGGUUUGGUUAAAGAGGACCCUUCUGGUGCUGCUUCUGCUCACAGCUGGUGGGACAUUCCUCAUAGGUCUCCUGUGCAUUUGGAAUAUCAAAAUUGAAGCUGAAGUGAAAGGAUCUGAGAACAGUACAGUAGGAACCUCUUUUUUUAGUGGGACAUUUAAUGUAAAUCCCUUGUAUUCACUGAUAGCCACCUGUCUAGGCUGCGGACUUCCAUUUAUCCUCAUACUCUACUCUAUUAUACUCAUGGUUUCCUCUCUUUUGAGACACGUGUGUAACAUGAAGCAGAGUGAUUCUGGAUUUACUCGUCCUAAACUCCAAGCCCACAUCAAUGCUAUAAGAACCUUCACCCUGAUCCUUGUAGUUUCUGUAACCUUCUGCAUAGCUGAGAUUGUGUUGACCACAGCUAUAUUCAGUUCCCCUCCAAAUGAGAAGCUUGUAAUUUGCUGGGUCAUAGUGAUGUCAUAUCCAGCAGCAGAGUCCAUCAUCGAUAUUCAAGCCAGCUCGAAGCUCAGGAAGGUCUUUGUGGAAAUGUUUUCUGCUGUUUGCUGGAAAAACACAAAACCUGACAAUUAG